UCUUCAUUCAGAAAUAUGGUAAUUGAAAUUGUACAUUCUUCGGGAGCAAAAGUGGUUGUGGAUUUGUUUGGAGCCACUGUUGUUUCUUGGAUUCUUCCUUCUGGAAAGGAAAUGCUUUAUCUUUCAUCACUCGCUGAUCGAUCUGGUAAAAGUCCAAUUCGCGGAGGAAUUCCAGUGAUUUUCCCGCAGUUUUCGAAUGGGUCCUUUAAUGAAGCACGGAUUUGCCAGGACAUCUACAUGGACGUCUGAUCCUGUUUAUGAAGAGGAUGGUUUUAGUGUCUGUCAUUUCCAUCUUUCGUCCAGCGAAGCAACGAAAGCAUUGUGGAACCACGAUUUUGCACUCACCUAUACUGUUCGCGUCAAUGCCUCCAGUUUGUCUACCCAACUUCGUAUAUCCAACACUGGAUCGAAUUCGUUUGACUGUCAGUGCCUAUUACACACUUACUACUCCUCUCCCUCGAUUCUCACCACCUCCGUCGCAGGCCUUCAGAACCACAAAGGCGUUGAGUCCGUAACCACCGGCACACGCCGAGAAUUCAUCGAGCCUCACGCCCGCAUCCUUUUUAACAGCGAAACAGACGCCAAAUAUUCCGACGUGACGGCCCCGAUCGAAAUUGAAAUGGCGGAUCGAAAGAUUCGUUUGGAGAUCGAAUCGAUUCUCGAUGAAAAGCAAAAGAAAGCGGAUUGCGUGGUGUGGAACGCUUGGAUUGAGAAGUGCAGAGCGAUUGGAGAUAUGGAGGAUGAGGAUUAUAAGCGAUAUGUGUGUGUAGAGCCGGGAUGUGUGAAUGGGAUGACGACCGUGGAGGCCAAGAAGGAGUUGGUGCUGAAGCAGACUAUCGUAGUAGUGGAAGAGAUGUGGAUUGUUUGUUGGAUACUGGGAGGGAAUGGAGGAGGGAAAAUGACAGAUUAUCGAUCCAGACUGAACUAUUUGUAUGCAGUUUGGAAUUCGGAGAGCUGGAAAGGGGGCAGUUCGUUUUUCAAAUGGAUUCUUCCGGAGGCUUAG